AUGAGCCGUCAGAGGCCACUCACCCGGUUCCUCGACGGACGAAGCGAUCCACGGCCUGUUCAGCAUUGCACGGGCACUCAGCCCUGUGAUAAAUGCAUUGAGACCGGCUCCAAUUGCCUGUUCACCGAAGCGCUCGAUCGGCGCCGAAAGUAUGCUCAAAAGCGCGCGGAGCAGCACCUUGACGCGACACAACAACUGUUGGACCGGAUUGUGGAAGCGUUCGGUGAAGGAGACAUCGCGCAACUGAGCUGGUUACUGUCCACUGUCAAGGAACGUGGCACCGAUGAGCAAUUAAAGGAUGGUAUUACGGGGGAGGAGCCAGGCACAGCAAUCCUUAGGAAGCAUAUUGCAAGCCCCAAAAAGAAGGACCUGAGCGAAGCACUGAGAGGGAGGGAAUCAGAGAAGAGCAACGUCCAAGCCGAAAGCUUUUCCCAAUAUCGUGCUAGGCGAACGCACUCUGUUGACUCGUCCUCAUCUUCCAAGUCCGUUGGAUCUCUCAACGAGGUUGACACGUUGACCGAAGACCCCAACCGCAACGAAGAGACCAGGGCAACGGGCUAUAUCGGGAAAGGAUCCGAGAUUGCGUGGAUGCAAAAACUGGACAGCGAAACCAUCAAUCUGAACAGAGAUUGGCACCAGCAAGUAUCGCCAUUGGGGGACACUGUCACUCCAAUGAGCUACCAUCUAGACAAUCUCCAAAUAGCCGAGCCACUCUCUAUUGCGGGGGAUGCAAGAGCCUUGCCUCCCAAAUCAUGGGCGGCUCAACUCCUGAACAUCUACUUUGAAUCUGUCGGACCUACCUUUCCUUUGAUUGAACAACAGUUGUUUGUUUCCCAGUUCAAUUCGGCCUUCAUCGAUACCACACAGCAGCCCCCACAGAAGUGGCUCGCGGUUCUAAAUCUAGUCCUUGCCAUCGCUGCAAAGUACUACCAGCUGGCUGAGCCAGACUCUGGAAGGGACGUAGAUGACCACGUCUUUUUAUCCCGAGCAAUAGCUUUGACUACCACGCGGUGGCUCGCGAUACAGCACGCAGACUUACACCAGGUUCAGAUUGACCUACUCCUUGCCAUUUACUAUCUGGCCUCUGGCCAAAUCAACCGGUCAUGGCAGAUAGCCGGUCGCGCUGCUCGCUCAGCAAUCGCCCUUGGGCUAAAUCUCCGUGAAGUGAGUGGGCAGAUAGACCCUGUCUCUAAAGAGACCCGAACUCGCUUGUGGUGGUCGAUAUUCCACUUAGAACAUCUUCUGUCUGGCAUGACUGGUCGGUCCACGUGCGUGGACUAUCGUGCCCUCUCUGUGUACCCCCCGGCGCCCUACGACGAGAGAGAGUUUCAGACGCCAGAAGUAGCGGAACUGCUUGGGAAUACUGCACUGCGCGAGGAGCGCCUCCAAUGGACAAUCUAUGCUAGCGACUCGACCCUCCAGUCCAGGAACCAGUGGUUCAGCACCCUCAGCCCGAGCCAAUCGCUGUACUUCUUCCAUCUUGUAGAUCUGUCUAUCAUCACGCAUGCCGCCGUCACAUCGAUAUACAGUCUCACGGCCGGGAAGGACAGCGGCCAAAGCGGCAUUUCGCACUACCAGGAGAAAUUACAAACCUGGCUAUCAAAUCUCCAACCCCCGUUUGCAUUCACUGAUCGGGACAAUCAGUUGGACAUAUCAAGGCAGUCUCGCGAACAGGUCAGUCUCGCAUUAUCCUACUACAGUGCGCAGAUCAUCCUCAGCCGACCUUGCCUCACAUGCCCCGAUUUCAUGGAAGGACGCAACAUCAGAGUCCCCCGGUCCCGAUUCGGCAACGCCACCGCAAAGACCUGUGUAGAUACAGCCCUGGCCCUGAUCUCCGUCUUUCCUGACGCUCCAGACAUGGAGUGGCUGCUGAAAAUGACCCCUUGGUGCUCCGUGCUGCAUUUCAUGAUGCAAGCCCUGAUAAUCCUCCUCAUCCAACUCUCUGUCGGUCCAGUGGAAGUCAUGACCACACACAGCGCGCAGUCCGGCCAAAGAAGAACUAGGGCAACGGAAAAUCCCGAGGCAAUCCUUGGAGCGUGUAAAAAGAUUCUUCGCUGGUUACACUGUAUGGCGGAGCAAGAUGCCAGCGCCAGACGCGCGUUCAAGAUCUGCAAUAAUUUCAUUCGCCGGAUUGCGCCGGCGAAGGAAUUCAAUCUGCAUGGGAUUCCGUUAAUCGCUUCGCUACCUGAACAUACCUCCGGGUUUCGGUCAAGCCAAUCUAAACUUCGGGAGAGCAAAGAUGAUACUGGUAGCGGCAGUGUGCCUCGGGGCUCACAGAAGAACAAGGUAAAUUGGGGGCCAGAUCGGACGGUCAAUGAGGUGAGUUUGGAUGAUCACCGGCAAGACUCUUUUUCGCUGGAUCCGGCUUUGUUUUCGUGGGUGGAUAUGAUUGAGGAUGAAGAUUGCCCAUUUCGAUGA